UAGAUACGACUGCCUCAAGGACGAAAUGGUGAUCUCGGGCAUCUUCGUCCGCGGAUACGCUGCGGGCAGUUGGGAAAAUUUCGACCUGCCUGACGGCCGUGCAUUCCUCAUGGCUCUGCAAGACUAUAUCCGCUCCUCCCUCCCCAUCCUCUCCCCCCACUCCUCCUCCACCCCUGCCACUCCUCCUUCGCCUAGCAGCAUCAUCACCACUUCCGCCGCUGCUUUUGCCUCUCAACCGCCCACUAUUUCCGGGUUCCUAAUGGUUCUUAAAGCCCUAGCGGAGUGCAUUAGGUAUGCAGUGGAGGAUGGAAAGAGAGGCAUGCUGGCCCACAUAGACUACCUUCUCUUGGCAGAAAUUUUAGCCGCUGCCCCGGACACUCUUCCAACUGCCCGGCGGCUAGUUGUGGGGAUUGCGCAGAUUGUUUCAGGUGCCCCUACAAGCCGGGAGCAGCUGCUGGGAUCUUCUCUGCUGCCCGUUUUGUCCCGGCAAUUAUGGCGAUCUCUCACUGUGCCAGGAACAGGAGUGGAAGCGGGAGUGGAGGCACCGGAGGGGAAGAAGAUUUCGGGGCAGGUUUGAGUGAGCUGGCGCUGGCAAUUCUAGAUGCGGUUUUGGACCUUAGUGUGGAAAUGGCAGCGGUUGUGGCGGUUACGAAUCACUUCAGCUCCAGCAGUCUGCUUCUCGUACUGCUCGCACUUUUCCUCCGCGUGCCCCUGCCGCCCUUUAAGGGCACCACGAAAAAAGCAGCCGGGCAGGCGUGGAACGAAGCGGAAGAGGCGGGCGUGCUCGACACGGCGCAGUUUCGGGCUGCCCAGAUUCUCGGGCAGCUGCUGCUGGCAGCGUGCGGAGUGCAGGACCGGGCGAAAUAUAUCGCAGGGAUCGAGGAGGGAGAAGGGUCAGCAGCAGCAGGAGCAGGCGCAGCAGCAGGGGAUGGGGUGAACGGGUUCGAUACCAUAUCGAUGGACGAGGAGGUGUUUUCCGACCCUCACGGUGACGUCCGGGACAUCCACAACCUGAUCUCUCUCCUGGAGCCAGGUGCGGCACCUCCCGUGCCUCUCAUCUCGGUUCGGAUCCUCUACCUGCUGCUGCCGCUGCGCAUCCUUUCCCUUCUCAUGUCCGACCCUGAGGGAGCAUGCCGAGCCAUCGGAUCGCCUUCCUGCACCCCCCUGUUGGUGUGGAAUGAUGCGUCGGCGAGAAGAGCAAGGGAUGCGAUCAAGAGAGAGGCAGAGGAGGUGCUGAGGAGGCAUGAGGGGGAGGUGAGUGAGGGGAAGCAGCAGCUGGGGCUGCCCAUGUGGGACCUGGAGGCUGGAGAAGAGACUAGCAGCAGCAGUGGGGGCAGAGGAGGGGAAGAAGCGGCAGCGUUCCGGCCCUUCUUCCUGCAGUCUGUCCGCGAGAGCAUCGAAUUGGCUAAGGAUGAAGGGGAGGGAGGAGCAGGAGGAGCAGCAGAGGCAGCAGAAACGCUAUUUUCGGAGCAGGAAAAGGCUGGGUACGUGCCGGAAAUGUACAUUGGCGGAUGCUAUGUGGAUCAACUAUUGCGCCAGCCGAGAUUCGAUCUCGGGAAGCGGGUAGAGCUGCAGUUGGUGCGGGAGAUUCGGAAGGCGAUAGUCACAGCAGCCCCGAGCGAGGGGAAAAGAUAUGAGGAGUUCACUAUAGCGGAUCGCAGGAGGCUGCUUUUGGCCCUCCUCGCGCUUUUCCAGAGCCGCCCGCACCUGCUGACCAUCACCAACACGGACAUUUUCCUGCCCGUGACGGACUUUUUCACGUCGGGCAGCGGGGAGGAGCGGCGCGCACUGCUGCAAGCCGGCGUGUUACUGUUCCUGCGCAUGGUUACAUCCAACGACGUGGCAGAUUUUGUCUCAUCUGAAGAGCUGAUUUCUCUCCUCUCUAAGCUCUUACUGCUGGAGGUGCCCGCGGGGAGGCAAGGGCAAGCGGCCACAGACCCCCGGGUGUGCGCCCUCAUGCUGAUGCAGAAGCUUUUCCGGCUGAGCUCCAAGGCGGUGGAGUUGGGGUUGCAGCACCAGGUGGUUGACCGGCUGGCGUCGCUUGUACUCGAUACAGAGAACUCCAUUACUGUGCGUGCGCGCGCUGCCGCUGUGCUAGGAGCCAUGGCAGGGGAGAGGCGGCUAGGCCCGGAAAUUACGAAGCAGGCGGAGAGGAUCUUACCGGAGAGUUAUAAGAAUCAUAUCGCUUGGAGGGUGGGGUUCUUGAAGCAGGGGGGAGAGGAAAUCGGGCAGAAAAAUGUUCCAAGCCUUUCGGAGGAGAUUGAGGUUAAAACUAUGCGGCACUUACUUAAGUAUCCGCUGCCUUGCGCCUGGUGGACCACAGAUAUUCCCGAGGAUGGCGGAAUGGGGGGAGGAGGGGGGGGUUGGGGGGGAGGGGACGGGGAGGACGGGGGCGGUGGCCCGACAGCUGUUGUGGAAGCUGCCUUGCUGUUUCCUGCUGCCAGGCUGGACGCAUGGAACGAUGAGGUGGACGGGGGUUUGAGGCACGGGUUAGCAGCAGCUGCACUGACCAACACGCGGAACGUGAGGAUUCUAAGGAAGAAGCUGGGAGGGGCAAAGGGGGUGGUGGUGGAGGUAGAGAUACAGUUCCACCCCCCCCCAGGUGCAGCUGCCAGGGCGAAAAAGGGGGAGAGUGGAGCAGGAGGAGCAGCGAGGUCGUCUGUGGAUGAUCCGGCGAAGGCUGCCCGGACAUUCAAGCAGAGGCUGGAGACCCAGCUGGCGGCCAUGCUUGCUCUGGAGGUGUUUGGCUCCAUGGGCACCCCAGCUGUGCGCUCCUCGACAGUUAGAAGCUGGGGGCGGUGACAGGAUGAUGCUGGUGGCACGGCUCAGCUGGGGGCGAUGCUCGCCCCUAAAGUGUUUGGCUCAACGGGUGCUCUGACUGACUGUGUGCUGCUACUCAGUUCGAAGCUGGGGGAGUGGAUGAUUGGUGAAUUCUGAACAUCUCUUUUGGCACUAUCGUAGUCGAGGGAAACAAAAAACGGACGAAAGUAUGUAUGCCAACAUAUGACAAUGGAAUCUGUAGGACCAUGCACUUCUGGUGCCUAGAUAAGGUGGUGGUACGUCUGUGUUAACUUGAGUGGAUGGAAUAGAGCCACGACUCAUGGAGUAACUUAGA